AAGUUCUGAAACAUUUUGGACCACAACAGGCAUGUUCCCACAGGAAUUCAUUAUUGGUUUUCCCAAGUGUGUGAAAAUCAGCAAAGUUGCGAUCCAGUGUUACUUGGUGCGGACCCUAAGGAUUGAAAGAAGCAUAUCCAAAGACCCUGUGGGCUUUGAACAGUGCGUUGAGAAAGAUUUGCAGCACACAGAAGGACAGCUCCAAAUGGAGGAAUUUCCACUUCCUGAUUUCCAAGCCACUUACCUGCGUUUCAUCAUCAAAUCUGCCUUUGACCAUUUUGUGUCGGUGCACAGGGUGAUGGCAGAGGGCACAGAAGAAAGCACCUAA